GAACACUGAAGGUGAAUCUGCUGGCAACGAUGGAAUUCAAUGCAAUCUAGUGGUAAAUCCGGGUAACAAGAUCUCUACCGUGAAGUUAACUGAUGAUAAUUUUCUUUCGUGGAAAUUUCAAGAUCUCACUGCCCUAGAAGGUCACGGUUUAGAAUCACAUUUGGAACAUGAUCCGCCUUUUAAAUUCCUUCAGCCAAUCUUACACAUGCUGCUGCUAUGGGCAAAGAGAAUGAUGCUCCUAGAAAUAGCGCUCAGUUUGAGAAUAACCAUGGGGCAACUAAUCGAUUUCGAGGUUGGAACAAUAAAGGAGGCCAAUAGUGGAACAAUAGAGGUCGAAUUCAGUGCCAAUUGUGUGGCAAAUUUGGUCAUACUGCUUCAAAGUGCAACUUUCAUUUUGAUCCAAGAGUUCAAAGACCUCCUUCCUCUGGUUCUAGUUCUUAUUCUCCUCAGUACCAAACGGCCAAUUUCUCCUCAAAUGUCUGCACUGCUUACUACUCUACAUUUGAAUCAUGAUACCAACUGGUAUCCUGAUUUGGGUGCAACUAAUCACCUCACUCAUAAUUUCAACAACUUGGUUGUUGGUACAGAAUAUCUUGACAGUAACCAAGUACAAGUUGGGAAUGGUGCAUGUUUCGACAUCUUUCAUUUUGGCCAUUCUUCUUUUCAAUCUCCUACUAAUCGUAUUCUUCAUCUUAAUAAUUUACUUCAUGUUCCUCAAAUAACUAAAAACCUCAUAAGUGUCAGUCAGUUUGCCAAAGAUAACUCGAUAUUUUUUUAAUCUCAUCCUCUUUUUUGCUAUGUAAUGGAUCCACAUACUGGCCAAAUACUUCUUCAAUCGAGGGACUCUACAUGAUGGAUUGUACCGGUUUCAACUCUCUUCUCUUUUGUCUGCCAAUCUAUUUUAAGCUCCCUUUGCAUCUCAAGCUUUGACUACUCAGACUUUUCCAGUUUCAUAUUCUGUUUCUUCUUGUCAUUCAGCAUCUUUGUCUUCUGUUGAUUUGUGGCAUAGGCGACUUGGGCAUCCGACCCUUCCCAUUGUUAGACACAUAAUAAACUUGGACAAACCAUGUACAUCUUCUUCUAUGUCUAUGAAUUUUUGUAAUACUUGUGCUAUGGGCAAAACUCAUGCUCUUCCUUUUGUUCCUUCUACUACUGUUUACACAGCUCCCCUGCAAUUAAUUAUAUCUAAUUUGUGGGGACCUGCUUUUACCGCCUCUAACAAUGGCUUCAAAUACUAUAUUAGUUUUGUUGAUGUUUUCUCUCGUUAUACUUGGAUUUAUUUUCUUCAAUCCAAGUCGAAUGCGUUUUCUAUUUUUCUUCGGUUCAAAACUAUUAUUCAAAAACUUCUUGGUUGCUCUAUUCUUCAUUUUCAAUCUGAUGGGGGUGGGGAGUUUAAACCAUUUACUUCUUUUCUUCAACAACAUGGCAUUGAAUAUAGGAUUACCUGCCCCUACAUGUCUCAACAAAAUGGCAUUGCUGAGCGCAAGCAUCGUCACAUCGUUGACACUAGUUUGACCUUAUUAUCUCAAUCCUCCAUGCCUUUAUCCUUUUGGGAUGAUGCAUUCUCCACAUCUGUAUAUCUUAUCAACCGGUUACCGACAACAGUCCUUAGUGGAGUGAGUACUUUGGAGAAGUUAUUUCACUACAAGUCUGAUUAUUCAUGGUUAAAUGUGUUUGUGUGUCAAUGUUUUCCUUGCUUGCGUCCUCACAACUCCCAUAAACUUAAUUUUCAAUCUCAACCCUGUACUUUUCUUGGUUAUAGCAGCACCUACAAAGGAUAUAAAUGUCUUUCUUUCGAAGGAAAGGUUUUUGUGUCUCUACACAAGUAUCCCAAACUUUGUCCUCCUCUCCCUUAUCCAUUUCUGUUCGGUCCUCAUCUCUUAUACCUGCAUCUGCACUACUUGCGUCUGCUUCUUUGCCUGUAGCUACUGCUGGUUGUUUAAAUUCUGCACCUAUUAAUACCGUGGUUGCUGCUCCUAUCACGAUUCCUAAUACUAUUGUAUCUCUCAAUGAUG